AUGUGCGACUGCGGCGCGCCCCACGAUGCCCCAACCCAUGAACCAAGAGGGCAACUUGAUCAUCACAGCUUGAAGCGGCGAGACUAUGCAGGGGAACGUCCGCCAGAGAUUCCCUCCUCCAAGCAGUCCAAGCAGGAUAACUCCUUGCCAAUCUGGUCACAACAUGUGGCACUGACCAGCCCCGUCAAGGAUACUUAUACCAUCCUUCAUUGGCAAGCCAUGCCGGCCCGGGUCUGUGCCAGCUUGGUCAUGACUCAUGAGGACGGAUAUGUCCUCGGCGCAAUGAAAGUGUUUGAACUGUAUUUCUGUGAGAGGAGUGAUCCUCCUCACUGA